AUUCUAUGUAGCUGAAGUCCUUCUCGCCCUUGAGUACCUUCACAUGCUCGGCAUAAUCUACCGAGACCUCAAGCCUGAAAACAUCCUCGUCCGUGAAGACGGUCACAUAAUGCUCACGGAUUUCGACCUCUCCCUACAAUGCUCGGUUAGCCCAACCCUCGUGAGGUCAUCCGGGUUGUCUCUCGACCCACCCCGAAUCUCGGCCCCAUGCGCGGGCUCCAACUGCAUCGACCCAUUCUACGCCGGGCCCUCGUGCCAAGUUUCAUGCUUCGGCACGGGGAUUCUACCCGCCACUGCCCGGGCCCGUAAGCUGAAGGCUGAAGCCGACGCACUGGCUCGAUCCCUUCCUC